UUUGGCACAUUCAAUAUCCUCACAACUCAUUUCCACUGGCUAAUUGAGGGCAAGGCAGAGAGGCUUACCAAAUUUUGUGAUCUCUCUUUGUUUUCGUCUGUUAGUUAAAGUUCUCUCACAGUUUUUCCUCUGUUCUUCUUCACUUCUUGACUUCUUACCAGUGAACAAAAACUCAUCCCAGAAAACAACAGAAGUGAUCAUGGGUGAAGCCGUUGAGUUUUUCGAUUGCAAUUGUUUCUCCAAAGUUCAUUGUGAAGCUCAACCCGAUCAACACCUUGUGAUGACAAUGGAGGGCAAUCAUCACCAGAAUGAUGGCACCUGGUUUGAAGAAGAAAUUGAUGAUGACUUGAGAUGGUCUUUUGCUUUGAACAGUGUUCUGCACAAGGGAACUAGCGAAUACCAGGACAUUGCUCUUCUGGACACCAAGAAAUUUGGCAAAGUAUUGGUGAUUGAUGGGAAGAUGCAGAGUGCAGAAGUGGAUGAAUUCAUAUAUCACGAAUGUUUGAUUCAUCCAGCUCUCUUAUGUCACCCAAACCCAAAGACUGUGUUCAUAAUGGGGGGUGGUGAAGGGUCCGCAGCAAGGGAAGCACUGAGGCACAAAUCCAUUGAUAAAGUGGUGAUGUGUGACAUUGAUCAGGAGGUUGUUGAUUUCUGCAGAAGGUAUCUGACUGCAAAUCAUGAUGCAUUUCAUAACAACAAGCUUCAUUUAGUCAUCAAUGAUGCCAAAGCUGAAUUGGAGGAGAGGAAGGAAAAGUUUGAUAUCAUAGUGGGGGAUUUGGCUGAUCCAGUUGAAGGUGGCCCCUGCUAUCAACUGUAUACCAAAUCUUUCUAUGAAAACAUCCUCAAGCCUAAGCUCAGUGACAAUGGCAUCUUUGUUACUCAGGCUGGUCCAGCUGGUGUGUUCACUCACAAGGAGGUCUUCUCAUCAAUUUACAACACCAUUAAACAAGUGUUCAAGUAUGUUCUUGCCUACACAGCUCAUGUACCGUCUUUUGCUGAUACUUGGGGAUGGGUCAUUGCCUCAGACCAACCAUUUUGUCUUGAUGCUGGGAAGAUAGACAAGAAGAUGGCAGAAAGAAUUGAAGGAGAAUUGCUCUACUUGAGUGGUGCCUCCUUUUUCUCCUCCACCAUCUUGAACAAAACUGUUGCCAAAACAUUGAAGAAUGAGACUCAUGUGUAUACUGAAGAAGAUGCAAGGUUCAUUCAUGGUCAUGGGGUAGCAUACCGAAAUUGAUGCGGCAGGCCUUUUGGUGGGGGGAAAACUGCUGUACAGUCAAAAGGCAGGAUCAAGAAGAUGGAAUAGUAGUUGAAAGUUCUCCAGUGAACAAAGGAGGGAAAGAGGAAAAAAAAAAAAAAGAAGAGAAAUCUUAAACAAUUGUUAGAAGCUCUUGGUAUUAGAUAGUAUAUAUGCUAGGCUACUUGUGGUUGUUCUAGGGCUCUGAUCUACAUUUGUUUCUUUAAUAUUAUCUCAUGUAAUGCUGAAAUAUCAAGGGGCAUUUCUCCAUUAAGCUUUUCAGUUUCUUGCUUCCUUAGAUCACAGGCCUAUUUUCCAAGCAAAAAUCUGUGCGACACUUUUUUUUCCUAAGAAGAUUUAUUAGAAGGCCAAUCUAUGUAAAAGGAAAUGCAUUGCUUUUUGUCACUGGGCCAAUCAAUUUUUGAUUGUUUUUCCAAAAAGAAAAAAAAAAUCUUGUCAUAACAA